AUGGCUACCGCGGGAGGAUCAGAAACCUGUAGCCAUGGCUUCUCCUUAGAUUCAUCUUUACUCCUUCCGACCAAGGAACCCAAUUGGGAGGCUAUACCCGAAUCCGAAUCCGAGAAGCUUUGCAUAGACGACAUGCUAGAUGUGUAUUGCGGAGAAUUCGGGUCAUGGCAAUUGAGACACUUUGUUUUAACGAGCCUGGCAUGGGCGUUGGAAGCUUUCCACACCAUGGUUAUGAUAUUUGCGGACCAGGAACCUGGUUGGCGGUGCGUGGAAGGGUCAGGAUCAUGGUGUGAUGAGAAGGCUGAAAGUGUUUGUGGGCUUGAACCAGGGUCUUGGGAAUGGGAGGGUGGUCCGGGAAGCUCCACCGUGGCUCAGUGGGGAUUGGUUUGCAGGGAGAAGUAUAAGGUUGGGCUUGUUCAAGCCUUGUUUUUCGCUGGCUGCAUGAUUGGUGCAGGAGUAUUUGGUCAUCUAUCAGACUCAAGCCUUGGAAGAAAGGGUUCCUUGAAGACAGUUUGUAUCUUAAAUGCCAUCUUUGGUUGCCUCACAUCAAUAGCCCCAGACUACUUUACGUAUUUGCUUCUCAGGUUCCUAACAGGGUUCAGCACCGGUGGGGUUGGCCUUUGCUCAUUUGUAUUAGCCACCGAACCAGUUGGUCCAACCAAGCGUGGUGUGGCUGGAAUGUCCACAUUCUAUUUCUUUUCAACCGGUAUUGCCUUACUUUCAGGCAUUGCUUACAUUUUCCCUACAUGGCGUGCUCUUUAUGUCGCCUCCUCUGUCCCCUCUAUCCUUUUCCUUUUUCUAGUUAUUCCAUUCAUCUCUGAGUCCCCGCGAUGGUACCUUGUUCGAGGGAAAAUAAAUAAAGCGAUGAAAAUCAUGCAAGCCAUAGCCAAAUCUAAUGGCAAUAAUCUCCCUGAGGGGGUUAUCCUAGCACUGGAUGAUGAAGCUAAUGAUGCUUCAAAUGAUAACCAGAGUAGCUCCAAGGAAGCUGUCUCUGGUUCCAUAGUAGAUGUAAUCCGAUCACCGGUCACUUGCAUUCGACUAUUUCUUGCAAUCGGAAUCAGCUUCACUUGCUCAGUUGUGUACUAUGGCCUUAGCUUGAAUGUUGUCAACCUUGAGACAAAUAUUCACUUAAGUGUCCUUCUUAAUGCAGUGGCUGAAAUGCCAGCAUUCACGAUAACAGCAGUUUUAUUGGAUAGAUUUGGGAGGAAGCCAUUGGCAAUUGGGACACAAUGGUUCAGCGCAAUAUUUUGUUUAACGGGGUGUGUAGUGGGGAGUGUUAGGAUGUGGGAAGUAAUCAAAAUGGGCUGUGGGGUUUUGGGGAUAUUUGGGAUGGCUGGAACUUACAAUCUGUUGUUCAUUUAUACAGCUGAGCUUUUUCCAACAGUGGUGAGAAAUGCAGCCCUUGGAAGUGCAACUCAGGCGGCCCAAAUGGGGGCUAUUUUGGCACCAUUUGUGGUGGUUUUGGGCGGUGUUCUUCCGUUUUUGGUGUUCGGGAUAUGUGGAUUGGUUGGUGGGAUGCUUGCAUAUUACUUGCCAGAGACACUGAACAAGCCAUUGUAUGACACCAUGAGGGGGAUUGAAGAAGGGGAGGCUGACUGGAGAAUUACUUGAAGCCAUAUUUACCAUACCUUUGUACCAUUGCCACAGAUGGUCAACUUCACGACAUUUUUUAGCAUUGAACAACUGGUAACAUAUGCAACAGAAAUAAGAUGCAGAAAUAGAGAAAUUAAGGCCUAAACAGUUGAGUCAUUUGUUUGUUGUUUGCGAUUAGGGUUUGACCGGACCGAAUGGAGUCCAAAAAUUUGUUUCUUGUCAUCGUUCAAAUAGCUAUUCAAAUUCUGAAAUAACCACAUAACGCAAAUUCUCAAUAGAGACCUGAAAGUCCGAGAAAAGUAAUUCAAAGGAUUCAAUUUUU